GCUGCUUGUGUUUUCUUUUUCAACAUGAAGUUUGCUUUUCACUUUCACCGCUAUCGCGUGAAACUUCAAAGAAAAUUCUAUUUAUCUUCUCUUCUGACGUUAUUCGACUCAAUUUUCAACCCUUAAAUUUAUCUAAAAUGUUGUAAACGAAUGUGAGAUGAAAAGUGAGUCGCUAUAAGAAUAUGUUUGUGACUUGAAAGAUGUGUCGUCCCUGGAAGCCGGCUAUACCUUUCAGGAUUUGCAAGGUUUCUCAAAAUUUCUCACCGGUGAUUUAGGAGGGUCAGAUGCCCUGCUUGUUGACCUUGACAUGUAGCCGUCCGUUGCUAUUGAUUCAUCAUCCUCACUGCUAUAACUCAGUGUCUGGAUCGGGAAUUUUUAACCAUGAAUUCGUCAAAGCCCAUUGAUAUCAGCAAAUCAUCGCUAAUCAGUUUGAAAGCAGAACUUUCAAGGAAGCAAGCAGAAGUUAGCAGUGUGAAAGUCAAUAAAAUUGGCAACUAUGUGUGCCCAACUAUCAACCCAAACAAAAAGCCGUUACCAGCUGCAAAAAGUAAAUUCUGUAAGAAUGUUGAAGAUAAUGCAGAAGACAAAAGCAGCAGUGUUGCUGAGGAAAACUCAAAAGCAUUGGAGCAUUCCAGGAACGUUUUGGAAAUCAAAAGUAAACUAUAUGAUGAAUUGAAGCAAGGCCGCCUUGUGACGGAAAAAGGACGUGGUGCUGAGUAUCUUGUCGAUUUUACCCAAAAGACAUCAGAAAAAUGUGAUAAUGCGUCUGAUAAGGAAAAGGAUGAUGACCAAAAGAAUAAUGUGUCAGAAGAUGAUGAAUAUGAUCGCCCAUCGGAUCCUGAGGAAGAUUGGGUGGACUACACAGACAUAGUAGGUCGUCAGAGACGCUGCUUGCGUCGAGAUUUGGACGCAAUGCGCGCAAGAGAUGCAGACUCCCUGUUACCCCCACCUCCAUCGUCUCCUCCUCCACCUGCCGGGUUUUUAGAUGAAGACAGCGAUGCUAGCGCUGCGCAGCGGACGAGUCGUGAACUGCAAGCGCCGGCCGCGCCGCAUAUUGAAGCCAUGCGAAGACAGUGGCGCAAGCAGGAGGAGAAACUGUUGGAGAAGGAUAGUGUGCAUUAUGAGGACUUGCUGUUUAAUGAGGCACGCACCCACGGCGUCGGCUACUACGCGUUCUCGACGGACGAGACCGAGAGAGCACGUGAGAUGCGCGAACUGGAGCGACGCAGACAGGAGACGCUGCAGCGGCAGGCGGACGCUCAGGGGCUCCGGGCGCGGAGAGACGCGCAACUCAAGGCGCGGCUAAGUGCGGCCAAGGCAAGGAACCGCCAGCGAUUAGGGCUGCCGCCCAAGGCGGAAGGGGAAGAGGAUCAAAAAGAUGAUGUGGUUCUUGUGGAAAAGACUGAUGAAACGAAAACUGAAGAUGACAGUGGUAAAAAAGAAGAGCUAGAAGCCGCCUUGAAACGAGCGGCUCACAUCAGGCCUUGGGAUGCCGAGAAACUCGGCUUGAAGAUUGUGGCAGGUGAUCAACCUGCAGUGAUGUCACAAAGCGAAUGGGUGGAUAUGAAACGUGAGGAAAGGAUUUCCGAGUUUGCUCCACCGCAGAUGUACAACCAAAACCGGCAAAACGCCAUUAACAACCACGAAACUGAAGACCUCAGUAUUCCUCUAACUAGUAGAAGUAAAUCCUUGUUUUUCACAUCUAAAAAGGAAAAUACCAGCAAUAAACACGAAACUGAUAAUGACAUUAGUGCUAGUCUACCUUGUGGAAGUAAAUCAUUAUUUUUCACAUCUAAACGAGAAAAGUCCAGCAAUAAAUUAGAAACUGAUACUGACAUCAGUGCCACUCCACCUAGUGGGAGUAAAUCCUUGUUUUCCUCAUCUAAAAGGGAAAAGGCCAGCAAUAAACUCGAAACUUAUGAUGAUAUCAGUGAUACUCCUUCUAGUGAAAGUAAAUCCUUGUUUUCCUCAUCUAAAAGGGAAAAGUCCAGCAAUAAAAUGGAAACUGAUCAUGAUAUCAGUGCUGAUCUACCUAGUGGAAGUAAAUCCUUGUUUUUCACAUCGAAAAGGCUGAAAGCCGCAGAUUUUUUCAACCAGCAGCAACCUCAAACCUCAACUGAGGAGCACCAGGAACAAUCCAACAGCCAGUAUCGAACUAACCAGCAGUCGAGAAAUCAGUAUCGAAACGAAGAACUAUCGAGAAAUCAGUAUCGAAUCCAUGAACAGUCGAAAAGUUCAUCGCAGUGUUAUGAUAGGUUAGCUGAUGAUUAUGAAGAACCUGUGAAACGAAAAAGGACAGAAAUUCCCCCUCCAAUGACCGCCGAAUAUUUCGGUGGAACAGGUAAACCCAAACAUAAACAGUUACAGAAAAGUAGUGGUGUUGGAGAGUCUAUUAGUGAAGGACUUAAGUAUUUGAAUGAACAGAAAAAAGUGAACAAUAACAAACGUGAUAAGGGUCUGCUUGAUAUUAUGUAAUAAAUAUAUGUUUUUGUUUAGUUUGUUCUAUAGAUAUAUUAUUUGUUUUCAUUUAUUUAUUUGUGUCAUAAAUAUUUGUAUUCCAAAUAUUUGUAUUUGAAAUUUUUGUUUCCAUCUUUAUUAUUCAUCUAGUCCCAUCAUCUUAUUUCAUUAUCAUGUUUGAAUCUAAACUCUUCAACUAGAUUUAGGCCCGCCGCAAAGUAGACCCACGUUAAUCUACGAAAAGCAACCCA